GCACUACUUUCGCAACACUUUUUGAAACGCUUUUGUGUUUUUGUGUUGCGUUUCGUAAACAUAGCAUUCAUGCCGUCAUUAUGUGUUGAUAACAGUUAACCACUGAUUGCACACCAAAUCAACGCCAACCACGCGGUCGACGAUGCCAUCGAUAGCCGACAAACACGUGCUUUGAGACCACUAUCGCGUGAAAAGCAAAUCAAACCUCAAUUAAAAACUCGUGUUUUGUUUGCAAAACCAUUUUGUAUACAAAAAACAACUGAUUUAUUAAAUUGAUUGGCGAUUAUAAUGGACACCAAAAUGCACGCCAAAAGUGUUUUAUAAAGUUUUUUAAUCGUGUUUUCAAUUGUCUGUCGGCCAUCGGGAGGGCCACGGAUCCAAUGAUGUCAGCGACGAUGAAACGCAAGCGACCGCAACCUCUUGUACUCAAUUGCGUCAGCGGUUCCUUCGAGGACAAGAGCAACGACUUCUUGUGUCCCAUUUGUUUCGAGAUCAUCGAAGAGGCGAAUGUCACCAAAUGUGGCCAUACUUUCUGUCUUAUCUCUCGUGCGAUCUCAUCGAUGGUUAGCUACAAAUGCAUAUCAAUGUCGUUGGAAAGGAGUAACAGAUGUCCGAAAUGUAAUUUCGUUGUCGAGCAGGUCUUCCCUAACUUCUUGCUAAACGAAUUAAUCACAAAACACCACAAAUUGGUUCUCCAGAAGAAGAUCGACUCCGGCAAAAAUAACCCGCGAGAGAUGACUGAACUCCAAGAGCUACUAAUCCACAAAUCGGAUCAAUUGGAUCUCUCGGACAUAAACCUAUUGCUCGAGUCUUUAGCUCAACGAAAGCGACUCUUAGAAGCCAGCUGCAAAGCCAUCGAAAACGACUUACUGAAGGACUUCUUAGCGCAGGUGCGGAACCACAAACAGGAACAGUUGGAUCAGUUGACGCGCGAG